CUGUUUGGUUUUCUUCUCACGAAUCCCGCUGUUUCUUGCCCGAUAGAAGACGGCCUUGGGUCCCGAUGGUGGGGCUUUGAAGAGUCCAGAAUUUGGAAUCGAGUGUACUUUCUGAUAUACUUGAACACAAGACCCAGGGGUUCUUGGAGAGGAAUCUGGUCCCAGAGGAUCUGGACUGCCUGUAAAAAUGAGUCCUGCAGAUGCACUUGAUGAUGAAAAUACAUUUAAAAUCUUAGUUGCAACGGAUAUUCAUCUUGGAUUUAUGGAGAAAGAAUGCAGCAGAGGAAAUGAUACAUUUGUAACACUUGAUGAAAUUUUAAGACACUUGCCCAGGAAAAUGAAGUGGAUUUUAUUUUGUUAGGUGGUGAUCUUUUUCAUGAAAAUAAGCCCUCAAGGAAAACAUUACAUACCUGCCUCGAGCUGUUAAGAAAAUACUGUAUGGGUGAUCGUCCUGUCCAGUUUGAAAUUAUCAGUGAUCAGUCAGUCAACUUUGGUUUUAGUAAGUUUCCAUGGGUGAACUACCAAGAUGGCAAUCUCAACAUUUCAAUUCCAGUGUUUAGUAUUCAUGGCAAUCAUGAUGAUCCCACGGGGGCAGAUGCACUCUGUGCCCUGGAUAUUUUAAGUUGUGCUGGAUUUGUAAAUCACUUUGGACGUUCAAUGUCUGUGGAGAAGAUAGACAUUAGUCCAGUUUUGCUUCAAAAAGGAAGCACAAAAAUUGCACUGUAUGGUUUAGGCUCCAUUCCGGAUGAAAGGCUCUAUCGAAUGUUUGUCAAUAAAAAAGUAACAAUGUUGAGACCAAAAGAAGAUGAGAACUCUUGGUUUAACUUAUUUGUGAUUCAUCAGAACAGGAGUAAACAUGGAAGCACUAACUUUAUUCCAGAACAAUUUUUGGAUGACUUCAUUGAUCUUGUUAUUUGGGGCCAUGAGCAUGAGUGUAAAAUAGCUCCAACCAAAAAUGAACAACAACUCUUUUAUAUAUCACAACCUGGAAGUUCAGUGGUUACUUCUCUUUCUCCAGGAGAAGCUGUAAAGAAACAUGUUGGUUUGCUGCGUAUUAAAGGGAGGAAGAUGAAUAUGCAGAAAAUUCCUCUUCAGACAGUGCGGCAGUUUUAUAUGGAGGAUGUUGUUCUGGCUAAUCAUCUGGACAUUUUUAACCCAGAUAAUCCUAAAGUAACCCAAGCCAUACAAAGCUUCUGUUCGGAGAAGAUUACAGUAAUGCUUGAAAAUGCAGAACGGGAACGUCUGGGGAAUUCUCAACAGCCAGAGAAGCCUCUUAUACGCCUUCGAGUGGACUAUAGUGGAGGUUUUGAACCUUUCAGUGUUCUUCGCUUCAGCCAGAAAUUUGUGGAUCGGGUAGCAAAUCCAAAAGACAUUAUCCAUUUUUUCAGGCAUAGAGAACAAAAGGAAAAAACAGAAGAAGAGAUCAACUUUGGGAAGCUUAUUACAAAACCUUCAGAAGGAACAACUCUAAGGGUAGAAGACCUUGUAAAACAGUAUUUUCAAACUGCAGAGAAGAAUGUCCAGCUCUCACUGCUAACAGAAAGAGGGAUGGGUGAAGCAGUACAAGAAUUUGUGGACAAGGAGGAGAAAGAUGCUAUCGAGGAAUUAGUGAAAUACCAGUUGGAGAAAACACAGCAAUUUCUUAAAAAACGUCAUAUUGAUGCCCUAGAAGAUAAAAUUGAUGAAGAAGUACGUCGUUUCAGAGAAAGCAGACAAAAAAAUACUAAUGAAGAAGAUGACGAAGUUCGAGAGGCCAUGAAUAGGGCCCGAGCUCUCAGAUCUCAGUCAGAGGACUCUGCUUCUGCUUUCAGUGCUGAUGACUUUAUGAGUAUAGAUUUAGCAGAACAGAUGGGCAAUGACUCUGAUGAUAGCAUCUCAGCAGCAGCCAACAGAGGAAGAGGCCGAGGAAGAGGUCGAAGAGGAGGAAGAGGGCAGAAUUCAACAUCGAGAGGAGAGUCUCAAAGAGGAAGAGCAGGCACAGGUCUGGAGACCACUACCCGGAGCAGGAGUUCAAAGGCUACUGUGUCAACAUCUAGAAAUAUGUCUGUUUUAGAUGUCUUUAAAUCUACAAGACAGCAGCCCUCACGAAAUGUUGCUACUAAGAAUUAUUCAGAGGUAAUCGAGGUGGAUGAAUCAGAUGUGGAAGACGAUGACAUUUUUCCUACCACUUCAAAGACAGAACAGAGGUGGUCAAGCGCAUCUUCCAGCAAACGCAUGUCCCAGAGCCAAACAGCCAAAGGGGUUGAUUUUGAAUCAGAUGAGGAUGACGAUGAUGAUCCGUUUAUGAACAUUAGUUCUUUAAGAAGAAACAGAAGAUAAUAUAUUUAAUGGCACUUAGAAAUUUUCAAGAUACAGGAAAAAGCAAAACAUUACAAGCUAAGAGUUUACAGUUGAAAAUGUUCGAAGUAUUGCUGUUAACUGAAGAAGUUGAAAAAGACUUAACAGAAAAAAGCUAAUGUUUAAGAAUUUAUAUUUUUGAAUAUCAUUUCCUUGAACAUUACUCCAUUACUGGAGAAAUUUCACAGCUCAAGAACAUACAUAAUAGCAUUGGUUCUCCUUAUUUUUAAAUCUGGUAUAGUAACAGCUUUAUUUAAAUAUCAUUUUUGAAUAAGGAUUAAAAUAAAUUUACCAUUAUACAUUUCUGCUUCAUGAUUAUAGACUGUGUCAGUAUUUUAAUGUAGUUACAUUUAGCCAAAGUUGAUGGAAAGAGCUUAAAAAAUUUAACUUCUUGUGAAUUUUAAUGAUUUCCUAGAGGCUUUUGACUUCUUGAAAGUAAAACAAUCUAUGUAAAACUGUGCCUAAGCUCACUAUUUGUUAUUAAGGAUGUGUUUUUUUCUAUGCUUAUUAUAAGAUUUUGAAUGAUUAGAAGUACCUUUUAGUUUGAAUAGAUAUGUUUUUAUUAAAAAGAACAUUCUGUUAGAAUUAUUGAGUUUUUUAUUCCAAUUGUAGCAAAGAUUUCAAAAGAUUAUAUUCACAUUGAAUUGUAGUAAUUUUCUCUAUUAUUCUCUGCUGUUAAUAGUUCUUUUUCAUGCAUGCACCUAUUUCUAGGAGAAAAAGGGUUAAAAGAUUUUAAACUAUAGCUUCUUGAAAAUAUCAAAGAACUUUUUUAGAUAGAAUGGUCAGUUGAACCUUGUGGUUAUAUUACAAUAUUGAAAUAUAACUAAUGUGGAAUAUCCAAGACUAAUGUGCUAAGACUUUUCGUUAAUAAUAUUUUAUUUUAACUUUGGUUUCUAUGAAAUAUUUCUGAAUGGACAAUUCCAAAAAUCUUAGUAGAUCAUGUUAAGUUUAUAUUUUCUUACUUGUUUUAAGGGGGAAGUAAGAAUUUGGCCUCUUCAGAUUUAAGCUAAAUAAUCCCAUUCUCUUCUUUAACACUCCCUAAAAAGACCCCUGAGAGUAUUCUUUCUUUAAUCUUAUGAGGCAGAUAUAUUUAUAGACUGCUUAAGGAGGUUAUAGAUCUUGGCAGUGCAGCAACCUGACAUUUCUUCAUAGGUAGAAACAAACGUUUGACUGAAUGGUACUCAUGACCAAUAGUCAUACCUGGAAUGUGUCAAAUUAUAGGAGACAGACACUUGGCUAGUGGCUGCCUCCAUAUUAUGGCACCUUUGAAAUGGGCUCAGUCAAAAGUUGCUAUAUAACAUUCUAAUGACUUAAUUAAAAAAUAUUUUCUGUACCUAAUUUUAGCAUAAGGGUUACUUUAGCAGGUAGCAUUAACCCAGUGAAAGGCAUUGUCCUGUGAAGUAUUCUCAGGCGGACCUGCCCACAUUUUUAUUGCACUCUAAAUCUUAUAUUCCCAAUAUGUGAACACAGCAGAGGUUAAAUCAGGAGUGAGCAUUGCUGUGCAUGAUGGAAUAGAAGCUAGGAGGGGAGGCAGGUCUGGAUGAUUCAGUGUUGCUUCUGCACAGGGCACACUGCCUCAGACCGAGCUACGAGCUGCACCAGCUACAGGCUCUUCUCAUUCAUCUGUUAGAUGGGUGAGGGGUAAGAGAGAGGAGAUGGUCACUGAAGUAUCCUAACAGCUUCCUGGGAAAAAGGAAUAAGGCUUUCUCCCUUUAAAAAUAUUGCUCUAGGUAUGAAAAGAGGUACUAAAUGUGAUGCAGUUAGCUGGGCCAAGAAAGGUAGCAGUUACAGAGGGUGAAAAUCUCUCCAGUUAAUUCAAGUCAUUUUGUGAGUAGUGUGUAUCAAGCCCUGGAAAUGAUAAAUAAAACAUGAAGGAAAACUUCUUUGAUUAAAUAUUAUUGCAAAGUUAAUUGUGUCAUAUAUCCUUGAUAUUCUAUAUUGAUGCAGGAAAAUCUAUUUUUUUUCUUUUGAAAAUUGUCAGACCUGUUGUUAUAGGUGUGUAGAGGUCUUUAGGUGAUUGCAGAGCACCUGCAUUUGCUCAUGGGGGCUAUGAGAGAGCAGGGAUGAAAACAUUGUAAGGAAAACAUCUGUAGGGAAUCUUUUUGUUGUUUACCAAAGAAUAAAUCUUUUUCUGGUGUUUUGUUUCAUAUCCUAAAAAUACAACAGUGCAUUUACAAGGUUAAGAAUGCAUUGUAGUUCUAGGAAAUUCUAGGAAUAUAACUAGUGCUUGGAAAAAUCAAGCAUUGAGACAUGGCCUUUAAUUCAUUUACAUACAAAACAUUUUUUCCUAAACAUUCAAAAUUGUGAAAUACAGUAAAUACAGAAAAGUCAUAUGGUUAACAAAUUAUUAAGUGAGCACGUGUGGCACUGCUAUACAGGUCAAGAAAUAAAAUAUCGCUGUGCCUCAGAAACCCAUAGAAUUGUUCUCUCUGGUUAACCAGCCCUGACUUCUGUAAUUUAAAAGCUCUUAAUUUUGCCACAAGGUGGUGCUUCUACCAUUAGAUGCAGUUAGGAUGGUGCAACUAUAAGUCUAAAACUGAGGAGUCACUGCAUUUGCAAUAGAUUUAGAACCUAUGCAAUAAUAUUAAUAUUAAACCUAUGCAGUAAUCGCAGACCUAUGCAGUAAUACCAUAGUUAGCCUUCUAAUCAUGUAAAUUGCUUUACAUAUGUAUUUCAUCUGGUUUAGCCUGUUACUAUGGAAUUUACCAUAUAAACUUUUACAUAUAAAAGUUGAAGAAGAAGAAAAAUUUUUUAUGUCUUUUAAAGAGCAAAAUUCUUACUAAAAAAUUGAGUGAAAUAAAAUGUCUCCCAAUGUCAAAUUUUUCUUUGGAAAUGUACAAUAUUUAAAAGCAACUUUCCCCCAAAGUAAUAUGUCCUUUGUGUAUCUGUUGUACAUUUAAUUCAUAGUAUUUUGCUGUUUUUUUUUAAAGCUAACUGCCAUUAAUAUUAUUAUAAA